GAGAGUUUCAUUCCACUGUCACUGAUUGCUGACGACAACGUUUCCUUGUAUCGUACACUUUCACUUCCAGUGGGACAGUAGGCCUCCAUGUACAUUUGACUUGCAAAUUUCUAAAAAAAAGAUGGAUGGAAGUGCCUCUUACAAAGAGCUCCAUGAAGCGUUCGUGAGCAAUCUGAGUGGUACAAGUGUGGCUGAUGUUGGCCUCGUCAUCAACACCGCAUCCAUUUCAGUCGUUAUACGAAAUGUUGUAGCAGCCUUCAUUUUCUAUCCUACAACGAUUAAAACUCGUUUUUCGCUUGACUUCAUCUCCUACGUCCUUCCAACGGAGCUGUGUGUGACGGUGCUCUCCGAUCACUACUUAUUCUUCCACACCAGUCUCAUCUGUGUGUCUGCAGCCAUUGUCAUCUUCCUGUACAUGACGGACAAUGAUCGCAAACAGGCCAAAACUAUCCAACGCUCAAGAAAAAAGACGCGCAAGGGACACCUAAGCAGUGCUACCUCUGACAAAUCUGUGAUAAAUGUGUACCUCAACAAAUUACAAGAACCAAUGGAAGGAAACAGAAACUUUAUCACAAAUUUUCGUGCCUUUGCAAUUAUUUCGACAGCCAUUUCAAUUCUUGCUGUAGAUUUUGUGAUAUUUCCACGCCGGUUUGCCAAGGCUGAGACAUAUGGGAGUGGUUUAAUGGAUAUAGGAGUUGGAGGUUUCAUGAUAUCUAAUGCUAUUGUGUCACCUGAGGCCAGGGGCAAAUACAAUCCGACGAGAAAUGUAAGAGAAAAGCUCGAGAGGAUAUUGAAAUCCUUUGUUUCAACAGCGCCUUUAUUCAUCCUCGGAGGUUUGAGACUUCUUGCUGUUAAAUCCUCAGAAGUUGCGGAACAUACUUCAGAAUAUGGGGUUCAUUGGAACUUCUUCUUUACAUUAGCUUCUGUUAAGGUGCUAUCGACGACAAUCCUCUGUUUUGUUGACCCUCGUUUGAGCUGUGGCCUAGCCACAAUAGUGACCAUCGCCCAUCAGAUGUUGCUGUCUUACUGUGGAGGGAUGAGCUACAUCAUAUAUGGCUCAGAUGGGUUUGGAUCAAGGAGCAACAUCAUCGAUGCAAACCGAGAGGGUAUUGUGUCAUCGCUUGGAUAUAGUGCCAUAUAUUUUGCUGGAAUUCAUAUUGGCCAUUUGCUAUUUUCAAAAAGGAGUUCACUUCAGCUGUUUGUUCAUCUGGUUGGAGUUAGUGCCAUAUUUUACAUGCUGGUUUGGUGUUGCGGGGCCUACAGCGAGCUGAUAUCAAGACGUGCUGCAAACCUGCCGUACAUACUCUGGAUGAUUGCUUGUAAUGUACAGAUCAUUGGUGGAUUACUGCUGGCUGAGAUGGCUACUGAGGCAUUCCACUUAUUCAUACACAAAAAGCCUGGAGAUCAGAAAGAGUGCUUUAGUCUGCUGGAGGCGAUCAACGAGAAUGGUCUUUUAUUCUUCCUGCUUGCAAACAUCCUGACUGGGACCAUCAACCUGUUGAUGAAAACUAUCUAUGCCCCACCGGCUGUAGGCCUCUUGGUUGUCACUGUGUACCUUUUUGUUCUGUCCGUUGUCAUGUUUUACCUAAAAGCUAAGAAUAUCAAAACAAAGAUUUGGUGAUGGAUCAUGCUGCAGCAAUUAAGAAUAGAUUGUGAGUUAUUCAGGGCAAUGUUAUUCAGGUAAAACUUUAUAUGGGUCUGGCCACAAUUGUUGUGUCGAUGAGAAAUACAUGUAUUGUGAACUCGGUGCUGUCCCAUUCUUUGCUUUCAAUGUUGUUGCACUGAAGUAACAUCAUCAAUUCAAUGUCAGGACCAUGUAUUUGGCCUCCAGUGCAUGCCAUAUACAUGUAUAGGACAGUUCGGCAUUAAAAGUGUUGUUCACUGUCUUUCCAUUUAGAGCACAUGUAGACUUCUCUCAGACCACAUGGUUAGGAGGAUGGGACAGACUGAAUUUGCAGUCGGGUUUGCAAUCAUAGUCAGGUUUGCAAUCAUAUACAUGUACUAGUAUUAGCCCGCCUCUUGAAGAUUAUUGUUAUGUUUUAAUGUUAUUGUAAAAAGUUUUUCAACAGUGUGCCACUCCUGAUUAGGCUUACCCAUGUCAAACAAACAUGCAAUUUGCUGUUCCCUGAAAAGUUUGCUCAAUUACACCAUUCCAUCAGAAUGCCUCCAUUUAUAAUGUAAUGUACUAUAAAUGUUCUGUAGAUGUGUCAGUGGAUGUCUAUUUAAGUGUUUAAAUUUCAAUGAGAAAGGUUCACGGUUUGUUUUGCAUCUCUGUAUGAAUGAUACUUAAAAAUCAAUGUGAUCAAAGCUGUAUGUACACAGAUUUUAUAUUUGUGUAGCCUUGUUUAUGAUGGGAAUAAAUUUUAGCUUU